AUGGCGCAAGAACGCUCCGGAAUCUCGGUGGGCCUGAACAAGGGUCACAAAACCACCCCCCUCAACACCCCCAAGACCCGCGUCAGCCGCACCAAGGGCCAGUCGUCUCGCCGCACUGCCUUUGUCCGUGAGGUUGCCCGCGAGGUUGUCGGUCUUGCCCCUUAUGAGCGCCGCAUCAUCGAACUCCUGAGAAACACUCAGGACAAGCGCGCCCGUAAGCUCGCGAAGAAGAGACUCGGUACUUUCGGCCGCGGUAAGGCCAAGGUCGAGGACAUGCAGCGCGUCAUCGCCGAGGCCCGCCGUGUCGGUGGCCACUAA